UUCGCUGUCAACAAUUGUAGCGGACGAUGAAGUAAUUGAUCAAACUGUAUCACCAAACAAAGUUGUCGAGUCUCGACUCUCAGUUGCGUCAUUGAGCUCCGAUUCUUCCGAGGCCACUGAUAUGAACACUGAGCCAUCAGAGAUGGACAACUUUAACCAAGCUCGACAAGGUCAUUUCAUUCCAGAAUCAAUUGACAUGGAUUUAGUAGAUGCUGAACUUGAUUUGAUACUGGAUCAUCUUUUUGAAAAGCGUUCUCGCCAAGAAGAGUUUGUUCUUCAUCCGAAUAUUUACGAUGCCGAUACACUAUGCCAUUUGUGCCGUGGUGUGGUUUCGAUUGGGCCAUUUCGUCUUGGGGAGUUUGAAUCAGACCCAUCACAGGAUAAGCCUUUAUCAUCACAAUCCAAAGCCGAGACCGAAUUAGACACAAUAUCUUUGGACCGUGUAUCAACUGCUGAAAGCUCGGCCAUGAAUAUCACUGUAGAUAUCUCAAACACCACAUUUAUGUUAGAUUCGCUACCUUUACUUUCAGAAUUGCAUAUAUGAUCAACGGAUUAACUGAACAGAGGUUUUUGCUUUGGUGGUUUCUUGAUGUAUAUUACAGCACCAAGCCAAUAUCUUUUGAAUAUCUACAUACUUUGAUUUUCUCCCAUCAAUACCCCCUUCUGUGUGAGAUGGUUCAUUACAGCCGUAUUCACGUAAAAUAAAACAGUUCUGUACUC